CCGGGGAGGGAGAGGACGUGGGGUUUCCGAGCGUGCGCAGUGAGUGCGACGGUGACGACCCUUCGGCCUUUUUAGGGAGGGGGCUACGCUGAGAUGGGGGCGGCGGCAGCGGAAGCGGAUCGUACUCUCUUUGUCGGCAACCUUGAAACUAAAGUGACCGAGGAGCUCCUUUUCGAGCUUUUCCACCAGGCGGGGCCGGUAGUAAAAGUGAAAAUUCCAAAAGAUAAGGAUGGUAAACCAAAACAGUUUGCAUUUGUGAAUUUCAAACAUGAAGUGUCUGUUCCUUAUGCAAUGAAUCUACUUAAUGGAAUCAAACUUUUCGGGAGGCCCAUCAAAAUUCAAUUUAGAUCAGGAAGUAGCCAUGCCUCACAGGAUGUCAGUUUGUCAUAUCCCCAGCAUCAUGUUGGGAAUUCAAGCCCUACAUCUACAUCUCCUAGCAGAUAUGAAAGGAGUGUGGAUAGCAUGAGUCCAUCAGUACAGAUAAUUCAGAGAUCUUUCUCUUCUCCAGAAAAUUUUCAGAGACAAGCAGUGAUGAACAAUGUUCUGAGACAGAUGUCCUAUGGUGGGAAAUUUGGUUCUCCACAUCUGGAUCCAUCAGGAUUUUCCCCAUCACAUAGUCACAGUUUUAAUCAGUCUUCAAGCUCCCAGUGGCGCCAAGAUACACCAUCAUCACAGCGUAAAGUCAGACAGAAUUCUCAUCCUUACAUACCAGAUAGACAUCAUAGCCGUGAACAACGUUACACUGAUCAUGGGUCUGACCAUCAUUACCGAGGAAACAGAGAUGACUACUUCUAUGAAGAUAGGAAUCCUGAUGGCUGGAGCCAUGACUAUGAUAACAGAAGAGACAGUAGUCGAGAUGGAAAAUGGCGUUCAUCUCGACAUUAACAAGUACUAAAAGGACAAUGUUAUAGGGUCAUUCUAGGUCCCUUUGGCUAAAUUGACCUGGAAAUGUUUUGUUAAACUGUACAGAGCAGCUUUACAAGUUGCCACGUUACUUUAUAAAAUUUUUAAAACCUAUAGCUACAGUCUAAUACAGAA